AUGCAACAAGGAAAUGGUUAUAAUAUAAAUAAUUAUCUGAGCUUCUUCGGUUUCGGCCAAUCCGCUGAUAUCGAGAUCACCCUUGAUGGCGCUGACACCAGGAAGAGUGCUGACAUCAAAUCCGAGGAUGGCAAGAAAGAGAGGCAUUUGUUGUAUCUUGACGGCGAGACUGUUUCUGGCAAGAUCAACAUAAGUCUAAGGAAAGCUGGCAAACUAGAGCAUCAAGGUGUAAAAGUUGAGUUUAUUGGUCAAAUAGAGCUUUAUUAUGACAGAGGUAAUCAUCAUGAGUUUACAAGUUUGGUCAAGGAAUUGGCAAGGCCCGGUGAACUUACUCACAAUACCUCGUAUGACUUUGAAUUUGCCAAUGUGGAGAAACCAUUUGAGAGUUAUACUGGUUCCAAUGUCAGACUGCGAUACUUUCUCAGAGUGACUAUUGUUAGAAGAAUCAGUGAUAUUGUUAAAGAACUUGAAAUUGUUGUACAUACUCUUAGUUCCUAUCCAGAUAUGAAUAAUCCAAUUAAAAUGGAGGUUGGCAUCGAAGAUUGCUUGCAUAUUGAAUUUGAAUAUAACAAAAGCAAAUAUCAUUUGAAAGAUGUAAUUGUUGGAAAAAUUUACUUUUUGUUAGUCAGAAUCAAGAUCAAACACAUGGAAAUUGCAAUUAUCAAAAGAGAAACCACUGGCUCUGGACCUCACACAUUUACGGAAAAUGAGACCAUUGCCAAGUAUGAAAUAAUGGAUGGUGCACCUGUGAAAGGAGAAUCGAUUCCAAUAAGAGUGUUUCUCGCCGGUUACGAUUUGGCGCCGACAAUGCGCGACAUUAAUAAGAAGUUCAGUGUUCGAUAUUAUCUUAAUUUAGUCCUCAUGGAUGAAGAAGAUCGACGAUAUUUCAAACAACAGGUUGGUAAAGAAAUAACUCUAUGGCGAAAAGGCGAGAAAAGCCGGAAAUCUCAAUCGGCCUCACCGCACCUGCCAUCUCACUUGGUCUCCUCGGAAACUGGCUUCCCCCAAGGUGCCCCUCAAAAUGGUCCACCACCAGUACAAGAAUUAAGUCCUAAUACAUCUUUAACCGAUGGUAACGUUGAGCCACAACAACCACCGGUAAUCGAAGGUAUGACGAGAGAGGAAGGGGAUGGUGAAGGUGACAAGGAUGUUAGUCCUGAAAGCCAGUGA